AUGCUAAAAGAGGAUCAACUGAAGAAUAUAGUAAGAUGGUUAUUUAUUGCUUUAGUAAUUAACAUUGUUUGGAAAAUAACAGGAAAAAAGUUACUUCAAUCUCUUAUCCUAAGAAUAUUUUACUUCUUAUUUGUUAGCGAUGAUCCACAUGGAAUUAAAUGGUGGCAACAUUACCCUUACCUAGAGAGAAUAGUUUGGAAAAUGGUAGAUAUGCUAGGUGUAUAA